CCUGCAGCUCACAUUUUGUUAUUGCAGAAAUCCUUCACUGAAUUGUUUCAUUUUGCAAUAAAUCCUCCCAAAGCGCCCACUUACAUCCACGUCAACACAGUUUCGUUCCUAGAAACUUUUUAUAUAACUUCUUAAGUUAAUGAUCAGUGAAGGUUUGUUGGGUUUUUCAUUGUUUUUUAACCGGAAUCCGGUUUUUCCAGGUGUGUCGCUCCGCAGGUGUGUCUACACCUUGCUUUUCGUCAGUUAAAAACACGGAAGUUUUGAGGCUGAGGGAGGUUCUCCUGCGGAGUGAGGCAACACUUCAUGCUGUCAUCCAGUCUCCAGCGCAUAAAUCUGUCCAGACUCCGAACCUGAACGCUUUCUGAGCGGAUCUUUUGGUGAAAUGGCAUCCGCCGCGCAGACGCAGCCAGGCGGCACGGAGAGCCUGACGCCGUCCGCUGUCAACCACAUUUUGAUGGAGUUCGUGAUUUACUUCGGCCGAGCCGUGGCGGUCUUCUACCCGGUGUACCUGACCGGGUACCUGGGCCUCAGCAUCAGCUGGAUCCUGCUCUGCAUGCUCAUGUUCACCUGGUGGCAGAAGAACCGGCGGUGGAAGGACGUCCGGAUCGAUUCUGCGAUCGAUUUAGUGGAUAACGAGUCGCAUAUUAUCAGCAGCGAGCUGAAGAACACCUUACAGAUGGCUUCAUGGGUUCACUUCACCGACGUUGAGAAAGUUCAGUGGGUGAACAAGGUGCUGGAGCAGGCUUGGCCCUUCUUCGGGAUGUACAUGGAGAAACUUCUGAGAGAAAACAUCCAGCAGACGGUCAGGAUGUCCAACUCUGCGCUCAAAAUGUUCAAGUUUACCAAGAUCCACUUCGGACACAAACCUCUCAGGAUCACUGGGAUGAGAGCAUACACCCAUGAAGUGGAUCAGAGGGAAGUGAUUCUGGACAUGAACAUCGAUUACGACAGUGAUGUGGACAUCGACGCGGAUGUGAACGCAGCCAUCACAGUUGGCGUUAAAGGACUGAAGUUCCAAGGAAUGCUCAGAGUCAUCUUGGAGCCUUUGAUUAGUCAGGCGCCGCUGGUGGGAGGAGUCACCUUUUUCUUCAUUCGCCGCCCUACUCUGCAGGUCAACUGGACCGGCAUGACCAAUUUGUUGGACAGUCCUGCGUUUAGCUCCCUGUCUGAGGCGGCCAUUAUGGACAUCAUUGCGUCCCUCAUGGUUUUGCCAAACCGCAUGUGCAUUCCUCUGAUUGACCAACUCAAAGUAGACGAGAUGAGAUUUCCUCUUCCUAGGGGCGUGGUCAGGGUCCACGUGUUGGAGGCCAAGGACCUGGUGGCCAAGGACACCUACAUGAUGGGCAUGGUGAAAGGCAAGUCGGACCCGUACGUCACGCUCCGAGUCGGCAACCGACACUUCAAAACCAAAACCAUCAAAGAAAGCCUGUCUCCGAAAUGGAAUGAGGUUUAUGAGUUUGUUGUUCACGAGGCGCCUGGACAGGAGCUGGAGAUAGAGCUGUUUGACGAGGACAGAGAUAAAGAUGAUUUUCUGGGAAAAUAUAACCUGGAUCUUGGAGAAGUGAAACGGGAGAAAGAAAUGGAUGAGUGGUUUCAUCUGGAAGGGGUUAAUAGCGGAGAGAUUCACCUGAAGCUGCAGUGGCUCGCCCUGAGAACCGAAUCCUCUCUGCUGAACGAGUCCAACGCCGGCCUGUCCUGCGCGAUGCUCGCUGUUUAUCUGGACAACGCUUCCAACCUUCCAAAAGACCAAAAGGAGUUAACCGUACAUCACAAACAUGGCAAACACAGCAAAGAGGCACGGCUCACCAAGAAGAAUGUGGGCCCCAACUCCUACGUGGAAUUUACUCUUGAUAAGGAUGUUCAGAAGAGCAAAGUUGCAUAUGCGAGUAAAAACCCAGUGUGGGAGCAGGGCUUCAACUUCUUUGUUCAGAACGUAAAAACUCAGGAGCUCACACUUCAGGUCAAAGACCACGAGAAGAAAUCUGUCCUCGGUUCUCUCAACAUUCCCAUUCUUCGCCUCUUCAACAUCUCCUCCAUGUGUCUGGACCAGAACUUCCCGCUGGAGCGCUCCGGACCCGACAGCCAGAUCAAACUGAAGGUCACUCUCAGAAUUCUUACUGAGGAACGGCCACCGCCUAAAAUCCCCGUCAGUUCUCCAUCAAACGUCAAACAGCAGAACCGGCAGGUGAAAGCAGGAGGAAACGCCGCCGCCGCCACACCGGUUCCCUCCAGCGGCGCGCCUGUGGCUUCCUCUCCGGGUCUGCCGGGAGUCCCGCUGGACGGGACGAACAAGGCAGCUUCACCUCAGCCGCGGCGCAACUCCUUCCUGGCUUCUGAAACCAGCAAACCCUCCAACCUAAACAUGCGUCGGUACGAUUCCCACAGCCUGCUGUCGGAGAACUCCAUCGCCUCGUCGCGCUUCGACCUCACAGACGGAGCGUCCUUUCCACAGGCCAUCAGGGACCAUCAGGGCUCGUUUGGGGAGAUCAACCUGACUGUUCGCUACGCUACCAUGAGGAACAAACUCAUGGUCCUGGUUCAUGCCUGCAGAAACCUGUUUCCCUGCAGCGACAGCGGCACGGACUCCUACGUCCGCAUAUAUCUCCUCCCAGACAACUCCUGGAGACACCGCAAGAAGACGCACGUCAAGAGGAAGACAGUCAGGCCUAUUUUUGAAGAAAAGUUUGAGUUUGACGUGUCGCUGGAAGACGCUCAAACCAGGCAGUUGGACGUGUCUGUCAAAAAUAACAAGAUGUUCCUAAAAAGGGAGAGAACAGACAUUGGAAUGUUGAUGUUGGAUCUCUCACAGAUCGAUCUAGUCAAAGGCGCCUCGGACUGGUUUGAACUUACAAUACCUGGACUGUCGAGAUCGACGAGGCAGAGUCACUUUUAGAGGAAGUGACUCUUUUCCAGCAGCUUCUAAAACUCUUAUUUUGAAACUCUGUUGAGGUGACGUUGUCUCUUCCCUGAAUGUUGCGGCGCCAAGCGAAUGUGCAAAUAUUUUGUUCUGUAUUAUGAGCAGCUUGGGCUGUAAUGAUAAAGCUAUUUGUAUCAUUUUAUUGAAAAUAUAUUUAAAAAAUGCUGAUUCAUUCCAUAGAGGCCAAAACAAUUUGUUUUUUCACUUCAUCUGUGCUGGAGUUGGAAAUAAUCCAAAUGAGAAACAACUUAAAAAUGAGAAUCAUUUUAAAUUGAGGAAAUUUCAAAAUAUUUGCUGAAUUUUAGAAAGUGUCUAUGCAGUCAGGUCGUUUUUCUGAAGUUUUGGGUAGAAAACUGAGAGCGAAUCACAGGAGGAGCCGAGAGCUUUUAAUGUUUUAGGAAGUUUUUAAACAUGUUCGCUUUUUCUCUAAAGUUUUUCCACAAACCGCAUUUCUUGUUGAAUAAUUUCUGUCAUCCAAGUGUUUCACUUUAACACAUUUUUACAUUAUAAAGUUCCAAAAUUGAAUUUUAUUUAAACAGUCACAUUUAUUGGUUGAAAACGUCAGCUUUGAGGCUAACAACUGACUCAUAAUAAAUACCAUAAAUCAUUUUAGGAUUUCUCUGAGAAAUUUAUGCACUAAUUUCUUUUAAAGUUUUCUGUUAUUUUUAAGUUACAAAGGAGAAUUGUUUCCAAGUUUGUUGAAGUAAAAAUGAAUUUUGUUUUCAGAUAUUUAUUAAAAAUAAACCUAUUCAAACAGA